UACGAAAUAUAUAUUAAUAUAGGUAAUAUUUGUAGAAUGGUAAUAUGUUAAAGUAUAUAGAAUGUUUGACAGCGUGUACUGUUAUAUACGUUUUAUAGGUACACCCCUAAAGUUUAGUAAACGAUUCCACGAGGAUAGCAAUGAUGGCGUCGGACGUCGAGGAAGAAGACUUGCAGUCCCUUCGGACAGCUGUGCUGGCUUCACUUAAAACUCAGAGUGAAGAUUCCCCAGCAGUCACCGGUGAGGACAGUGAUGAUGAUGACGAGGACUUGGAGGCCCUUCGUCUGGCAGCGCUCCAGUCUCUCAAGGCCAAGUCCAAACCUGGGGGUUCAGUACAAGCCAAUGUCCCUCCAACUGGACCAACACAGGUUCCCCCACCAAGGCCUCACAAUCAGGCAGGCUUCCCCAGUCACCGCAGGCAUCCCAAGAGAAGCAAUCUGAUCGCUAUCAACAUCGUACGAGAAGAGUCAGAGAAUGACCUUCCACUUCCCAUGGGCGGGCUGCCUCCGAACAGGGGCGGGCGGGGACGUGUGCCAAAGAUUGACAGGACAGUACUUCCUAACGAAGGAAAGCCAUCAACGCCAACCAAGCGCAAUGACAAGUUUAGCAGGUAUGACAGCGAUUCAGACUCGGAUGAAGAAAUUCUUGGAAGGUCAAGUUCAAGUAGCUCUGAAGAGGAAGAGGAGGAAGAAGAGCUGGAAGAAAGCAGUUCAGAAAAAGAGGAAGAGGAAAAAGAGGAAGCAGGAAACAGAGAAAGCAGUUCUGAAUCAGAAAAAGAGGAAGAAAGAGAGGUUUCUGAUGUAGAAAAAGAUGAGAAAAGUUCUGAUGAAGCAGAAUGCAAUAGAAAAAAUGAAAAGGAAGAGGAAAACAAAGAUUGUAAAGAAGUUGCAAAAGAAAUUGAUAAUUCAAGUGACAAUGUAGGUAAGGAAAAGUUACCAGACUUAGAAAAACAGGAGGAAGCCAAGAAUGAAUUAAGAACUGCAAGUCUUGCUCCUGUAGAAUCUGAGAACUCUUCGAAGCAUACAGAGCUUAAGCAGAAUAAUGGGGAGCCAGUUAAUGGCAAGAUUGCGGGCUGCCAGAAUUCCCCACCCUCAGAACGUGAGACAAAAAAAAUAGAAGCACAAGAAGACAGACCAGCAUCUCGUGCAUCAUCCUCAUCAGGUUCUAAUUCAACCAGUAGAAGCCCAUCUCCUUCAGAAAGAAGUCAGUCUUCUCCGGAAAGAAGUCCAAGUGCAAGGUCCAAGAGCUCAGUCUCAUUCACAACUACUAGUUCUGAUGGAUCGUCGUCAAGGUCCACCUCUAAGUCUCGCUCUAGGUCAAGGUCACUGUCAAGGUCACCAAGUCCUGCCGGGCAGCGGAAGACAAGGUCACUUUCUAGGACGAGAUACAGAAGAAGAACUUCAUGUUCCAGAUCUCGGUCCAGGAGUGUAGGAAGGAAAGUUUCACAGUCACCACACAAAGUAGCGAGGCGGAGAUCCCAGUCGCCUGUUCGACUUCCCAGGAAUAGAUCUAAGUCACCCAAACUCUUAGAUAGACCAGGAUCUCCAUUGAGGUCAAAGAGAGGUAGAUCAGUCUCAAAAUCUCGGGACUCUAAAUCACUCUCUAGAUCAAGAAAGAGACUGAGGAGUAGAUCUCAAUCCCCACCAAGAAAGGUAGCCAAGAGGUCAGGAAGAUCUGACUCCAGGUCAAGAGAUAGAGGAAGAGAUGCACACAGGAGUAGACAUCUGCCUUUGGCUUACAGAAGAGAUGCACCUUCCCCUGAACGUAAUGCUGACAGGACGUUACAAAAGCCCCAGGUCCGAGAAUCCAAAAGGAGGUCAGAAAGAAGGGGUCUGCCUUCCAGACCUGGGGAGAGGCACAGUAGAAAUAAUUUGGAAAAGGGAGAAAAAUCACACAAAGUCAUACCAGACAGAACUGAGGGUAAGACGUCUCCCUUUAAAGAUACAGAAAAACCAACAGAUGAGAAGCUAGAGGCAAGGAGGAGGAAAUUUGGGGGCAAGGAGGCAAAACUGGAGAAAAAGACAGUCUCUCUCCAGGGCAUAGUGGAGAAGACAGAUGGUCUUGAUUCAUUGAACAUCAAAAAUUUACCAGUGGAGAAAGAUAAGAGGAAAGAAAGUAAAGAGAAACCCAAGAAGGAGACAAGGAGAAUUUCAGUGAGGUCAGAGAGUGCUGGGUCCAGUUCGUCUUCUAUGCUGAGUGACAGUGAAAGUGAGUCUGAAACUGAAGAGUCCAGGUUCAGACAGACUAAGAAAGAUGUUGGAGAGGACAGUAAAGAAGGCCGUGGGUUGGGCCUGCUAAGGACGACUCAGGGACGCACAAAUAUUCCAGAUAGCCUUGAUCCCUGGGACAGGAAGAGACAAGACAGGGACCGGAAUGGACCGGAUAGGUCUGGUUUCCCUCGUGAUCGGCACCAGCGAUCACGUGAUAGACACAGAGACAGGCACAACACACGCAGACACUCUCCAAACAAUUCUCAGGAAGUACAGCACAGAAGUCGAGACAGAAACAGAACAGAAAAGAAGAAAGUAGCCACACCUGAGAAGGCUGACAGGGUCCCUCACUCCCCACCUAAAAAAAUAAGAACACUAAAACCAGAAAAGGAGUCUAAUAAGUCUGGUUCUUCAUUGGAGGGUAAUGCAGAGCAGCCCAAGAUAAAAUCUUUGCUUUCCCUUAAAAUUUCUCCUCCCAAGUCUCUCUUACCGAAACGUAGCGUCUCUCCAGAACCUGUGCAGGACAAGCGAGAGAUAGUCGAAGACACAUUGAGGAAAAGCCCUGUGGUGAAGGCAGUGAAGAGAAAGGUACAGGUGAAGAGAAUUGUUCUGUCCGACCCUCCAGGAGCUGACACCAUGGACGGGUCAGACCUGAGGGUCAGGAUUAUGCAGAGAAAGACAGUAGACAGCAGUGGUGGGGAGGAGGGGAAGAAAAAGAAGAAACGAGAACGGGGUGUGAAGAGAAAGAUAUCUAUCUCUACUGAUGAAGUGAUAAAUCCCACUCCAGACGCACCAGAAGAAGUUCCUGUCAAACGGAAGUCCAUCCAUGAGCGGCUAGGCCUGCAGUCCAAGUCUCCUGCUCCAUCUUCGUCCAAGAAACCAGGACUGCAGCUGGAAGUCCGACCAGAUGAAAGCGAACUGGACGCCCGCAUCCGCCUUAUCCAGCAAAAGAACGCUGCCAUCCUCCAACGUAAAAAAGAGAUUGAGAUGGACAAGAAAAAAUAUGGGAACUGAUAAACCACAAACACUUCCUUAGGUAUCUAAAAUGUUAGUUUAGAAUAAGUAGGUAGCUACAUACAAAGCUUUGGUUAGUAUUGCGUUUCAUGAGAGAGAACCUGGUGCUUUUCAGAGAAGCACAGAUUACAACACAUUGUUAAUUAGUCAUCACAGUAUAGUGCUUUUCUAUUUUCGUUCAUCUAUUCAAGUUUGUUCAUUGUUACAUACAUCCAGAGACAAACGCAAAGAAAUAUCCUAUGUUACCAUGCCAUGCAUGGCAAGGAAAGUUUAUGUUGUGUUGAACAAGAAAAUUCUAUACAGAUGUAUAUAAGGUACAAAUGUCUGGUUCUAAAAUUAUUACCUUCUCCAAAAGGGCUGAUACUACACAGUCUAACUAUGGUAGGACAGUGUUCAUGCACAUACAGUAGGUACAUUUCAAUAGGUAGUUGCCAUGUUUCUUGUGUUUUUGGAAGAAACUUUAAUUGAAAAUAAUGUUACAUACUCGACUGUACAAAUUUCUGUUGUCAAGAGCCUCUGAGGGGAGAUUUUUUGACACAGAUCCUAAACUGUUUUUGAGGGUGGCAUUUUUGUUCCAUUACCUGACCAGAGGACCAACUCUGCUCUCAACUGACUCAAGCUUAAAGCUUUGUUAGACAUUGAGUUUCACCUAUUUAGCUAAUUCAAUGAAGAUGGAAUGAAAGUUUUGAAACCUAACAACAGAUUUAUUUCAGUUGUCACAGCAGCACAUAUGAUACACCAAGUGAAACAAUUUGUACCCUGAGGCUUUACUAGUAUAGUAGUGUUAAGGUGAAAGAAAUGUCAUUGUUCUGAAGUUAUUGAUAACAUAUCAGUAGACAAACCAAAAUAGGAAGUUUUGUAUUUGUACCGAAACUGAACACUCUCCAGCUUUACAACUGUCUUUCCUGAAACAUUGAUACACUGCCCUCUCUGUAACACUGCUAGAUAAGAUAGACUAAUGAUUUAGUUUGUACAUAUGUAGAUUUUU